AUGGGAUUUUAUCAGGACAUAUCUACAGGAUAUUCAGAGGAAGUAGCACAACACCUUAAAAAAUGGAGUUCACAGAGGGGCAAGUUGGCGUCGGCUUAUAAUAGACGUAUAUUUUUAUUAGAAUGUAAGAGACAAGUCCUCAACAGCGAUAAGGGUUCCGUAACAGUGAUAAUAGAACGCGAAACUUACAAACAAAAAAUGUAUGAAAUAGUAAAUUCAGAGAGUUUUCGAACACUCCGAAAAGAUCCAACUUUAACAUUGCAAACUAAAAGUAAUAAUUAUAUCAAAAAGUUACAAGACCUAAAUAUUCUGAGUGCAGAAAGGGCAAAAGCUCUGAAAUCCUAUAAUUCAGUUUGUCCUAAAAUCUAUGGCAAUCCCAAAUUGCACAAACGUGAUUGUCCUUUGCGUCCUAUAGUGUCAAGUAUAAACAGUCCAACCAGCAAUAUAUCUAUGUUUAUGACAGAAGUGUUAACCCAAACUUAUGAUAGAGAAAAUGAGUACUUUAUAAAAGAUACAUUCGAAUUUGCUACAUUUGUCAAUAAUUUCAGGUUAGAGGAGGAUUAUGUCCUCAUUUCUUUAGAUGUUGUCAACCUGUUUGGCAACCUAUGUGAGGAAGUUGUAGUAGAUGUCCUUAAUCAGAGAUGGGGUAGUAUUUCUAGAAACUGUGACAUUCCUAAAGAUCUAUUUUUUGAAAUUAUCAGGUUCAUACUUCGGAACAAUUAUUUCUCAUUUGACAAUCAGUAUUAUAUUCAAAUAUUUGGAUGCGCCAUGGGCUCGAAAAUCAGCCCAAUAUUGGCUCAGUAUGUCAUGGAUCAUGCAUUAGAUAUGUGUGUUCCAAAGUUGAGACACAAAAUCGCCUUCAUCAAAAAAUUUGUUGAUGAUCUUAUUGUAGCCUUGCACAAACAAGACGUUGAAAUUAUAUUGGAACAGUUCAAUAGUUACAAUCCGCAUAUACAGUUUACAAUAGAGUUUGAGGACGAAAAUAAUUCUGUACUUAGAUCUACGGACACAGAUGGGGUUGAAAUUAAGUUUGGUAGUAUUGUUAAUAUUAAAGGUUUAACUUGUAAAAUAAAAAAAUGUUUGAGUAGAGAAGAUGUGAAAAUAGCAGUAUAUAAUUACAAAACUGUUAAGAGACUGUAUAACUUAGAAGACGAAAAUAUUAUAGAGAAAUUAUCAGAACCAACCGAUUGGGUCAGCUCAAUGGUGAUCGUUCGUAAGCCCAAUAAUGAUAUCCGAAUCUGCAUUGACCCCAAGAACUUGAAUAAAGCCAUAAAACGAGAACAUUUCCAUGUGCCAUCAUUAGAAGAAUUAACGUACGAGUUAUCAGGAGCUAAGUAUUUCAGCACUCUAGAUUGUAGUAACGGUUUUUGGCAUGUUAAAUUGGAUACCGGUAGAAUUAAGACAAGAUACAUUAAAACAAUUACAUAUAGGACAUAUGGGUAA